GGCGGUGCGCUGCGUGUACGCCCCGCUGCUGAGAGCGAGUGGCUUACAUGCGGUGCGGGCAGCCGUGUGUCUGCAUGUGGGAAGUACGCAGACCUCUGCCGCCAGCGUACCGCAAUAACAACAACAACAAGGACAGUAGCAAGGAGGAAAGCAAUCAUUGCAAAUACUGGGGGUGCUGCUGACUGCUCAAAGGUGGUGAGGGCUAAUACUCUCGUUGUUACUGGUACUGGUGUUUUUUCUACUAUUGGAGGGUAUCACCCCGGUGUGACGGAUACAGAUAUUAUUAAUAAUAGGCCAGAAGAACCCACAGUUGAUACCCAAUGUAAGAAACCGCAAGAAGGUAAACUUCACAAAAAUCCGAAGGAUCCGGAACCCCCUCGUGGUGAUGCAGUGGCGAUGGGUGAUGCUGGUCCUGCUCAAGUAACUGAUUCCCCCAAAACGGUGGUUCCUGAGGAAAAAGUACCAGUUGCUGGUCCUGCACCUGACAGCGAGCCAACUUCUGUUAAGGAUUCAGUGAUGAAGUCAGAGGGUGAUCAGAAUCUUGUCACGCAUACUGAAGUGGGAGAACAUUUACCACCACAACAAGAACACCCACCAUCAGAUGAUCGUCGUGACCCUACAACGGCUAAUAACCACACCACUAAAGAGAAAAGUAGUAAUUCUACAGAUGGGGAAAAUCAAAAUCUGCCCUCGACAACUGGAAGUUUACCCAAUGGAACUGAGGCUGCAGGGAGUACGUCUUCUUCAGGUUCUGCAGACGCACAGAUUACCAAUCAAGGCUUAACAGAAACACAGACAACGUCAUCACCAACUACAGGCACACAAUCAUCUGAAAAUGAUGAUUCUAACAACAGUAACACACAAGAACACUCUGAAAGAAACACAGAAGGUUCAGGAGAAACCAAUUCCACUGCACCACCGAGCACCGAAAGUACUGGCGAAGCACCAACACCCACUUCAUCUCCUGUUCCUGUACCCGACUCACAGAUCAGCAACACCAUUGCCUCCAAUGUACAGAAGAAUGCUAAUGCUGACAGCAGUGUCAGUCCUGUGUGGAUGCGCACUGCAGCACCGCUGCUGAUUGUGGCUGUGUUGUUCUCCGUUACCGUGUACUGA